UAUGUGGCCAUCUCCAAGCCCCUCCUUUAUGCCCAGGCCAUGUCCAUAAAGUUAUGUACAUUUCUGGUAGCAGCCUCCUAUCUCGGUGGCUUUAUUAACAGUUCCAUCAUUACCAAAAAAACGUUUUCCUUCAACUUCUGUAGUGGCAAUGUCAUUGAUGAUUUUUUCUGUGACUUGCUUCCCCUAGUGAAGUUGGCUUGUGGCAGGAAGGAUGACUACCACGCAUUAAUGUACUUCCUGCUGGCCUCCAACGUCAUCACCCCCACUGUGUUCAUCCUGGCCUCCUAUAUGUUCAUCAUUGCCGCCAUCUUGAAAAUCCGCUCCACCCAGAGCCGGCUCAAAGCCUUCUCCACAUGCUCCUCCCAUCUGGUCUCCGUCACCUUAUACUAUGGCUCCAUCCUUUUCAUCUACAUGCGCCCCGGGUCUAACUACGCUAUGGGAACAGACAAAAUAGUCUCUACAUUUUACACCGUCGUCUUCCCUAUGUUGAAUCCCAUGAUCUAUAGCCUGAGGAAUAAGGAUGUGAAAGACGCUUUGAAGAAAAUGUUGAAAUAA